AUGGUCUUCAUUACCGGCGUCUUAACCGUCGUCGUCCUCCUCCUGCUGUCUCCCUCCACGGCGGAGAUCAAAACCAUUACCAUAACCUCCGACACCCGACCCCUAAUCCUCUUCGAGAAAUUCGGGUUCACCUACCCAGGCCGUGUGGCGAUCGCGGCGUCGUCGGUGGCCGUGGUGGCGCCGUCGUCGCAACCGAACCUCUCGCGGUUAGGGUUCUUCCUAAUAAGCGAAAAAUCCCUUCCCCAAUUUAUAAUAGAAAUGGAACAAAACCCUACCUUCUGCAUCCUCAAUUCCCCUUACACCUCUCACCUCUUCACCUUCCUCGAUCUUCCUCCCCCUCCCGCUACUUUCAACAGUUCUUACUCCGUCACCAUCUCCGACGAAUACAGCCUCUUCUUCGCAAACUGCGUCCCCGAGAGCUCCGUCUCCAUGGAAAUUCACACGGAGUUCUUCAACCUCAACCGCGACGCUUCCCGCAACUACCUCUCCUCCGGCCACACCAACCUCCCUUCCCUCUUGUUCCUUUUCUCCUUCGCUUACUUCUCCUUCUUCCUCGCCUUCUCUCUCUAUCCCCGCCACGUCAGCAAGCGCUCCCUUGAGAGGAUUCACCUCUUGAUGCCCCAGCUCCUCCUCGCGACGGGUCUCAGCCAUCUCUUCGCCGCACUGGACAUGCACCACGUAAAGCUCACCGGCACUCACGGUUGGGAUGUGUUCUUCUUCAACUUUGACCUCAUUCGCGUCGUUUUGCUCUUCAGCGUGGUCAUUUUGGUGGGGACUCGUUGGACCUUCCUCCACCCGCUCGUGCGGGAGAGGGGGAAGAAGGUGCUCUUCCUAGUUAUCCCGCUUCAGGUUCUGGCGUGUUGUGCUUACAGUGUUGUUCACGAUACUGGACCCUAUAUCAUAAAUUGGGUUACAUGGAACCAAGUUUUCUUGCUCCUCGACCUCAUCUCUUGCUUUGCCGUUGUUUUCCUUGUUGUUUGGUCCAUGAGAUCACUCAGGAAAAUUACAGAAGGCGAGCCUGCAGCAGCUAUGAAGUUUAGUCUUAUCAAGCGGUUCAACCUCGUUGUCAUCGGCUACUUGUUUUUCACGCGCUUUGUCAUGUUUGCGUUUAAGACAGUUCUUUCGUAUGAGUAUCAGUGGGUGAGUAAUCUCGUCGAGGAGACUGCUACUCUGGUGUUUUGCAUUGCCAUGUUCUACGUGUUUGGCCUUCUUGAGAAAGAUGAAUACUCUGUGAUCGGUGACGAGGAAGAACAAGUGUCCGAAAUCGUUGUUAAGGAAUAA